AUGGCCUCUAAAAUGGAAAGCAAUAGUCCAACAGAUACCCCACCAUCACCGCCAAAGACUAUAUACAAGGAUCCAGAUGAUGGGAGGCAACGGUUUUUGCUUGAACUGGAAUUCGUUCAAUGCCUUGCUAAUCCUACCUACAUCCACUAUUUGGCUCAGAACCGAAAUUUUGAAGAUGAAGCAUUCAUUGGGUACUUAAAGUAUCUCCAAUAUUGGAAUCGCCCUGAAUAUAUAAAAUUUAUCAUGUAUCCUCACUGCCUCUAUUUUCUCGAGCUUCUUCAGAAUGCAAACUUUCGCAAUGCAAUGGCACAUCCUAGCAAUAAGGAAUUGACGCAUAGACAGCAGUUCUAUUUCUGGAAGAACUAUAGGAACAAUCGGCUAAAACACAUUUUACCAAAACCACUUCCAGAACCUAAUGCUGCACUUCCUGCUUCAACUCAACCCCAGCCACCUGUGCCUGCACUACCACCAGUACCUGCUACGAACGUUCCUGUGACAGCAUCUUCCACUCAAGCUCCUUCUCCAAUGCCAUAUGGUGUCCCUCCUGGCUCUAGUCUUGCAAAAAAUGACAUGAGGAAUCCUACAGUUGAUAAAAGGAAAAGAAAGUAA